UGGGGACCGCAACGGCAACAGGACAAGUAAUCGAAAGUUAUUUCAGCAGCAUUGAUAAAGCCUUUACACACACUUUCACUCGCAAUUCAGUACAACACACGGAGCAAAAGUGGCCGUGCGAAAAAUAACGAAAAACAUUGAAAUUAACAACUAAUAUUUUGUGUUUUUCACUUAUAAAUCGGUAACCAAGUGAAGUGCUUAUAUUCUAAACAAAUUAAGAUGUCUAAGGAAAGUCGAAUUGGUCUACAAAUUGUACACUAUCUUCUAAUAUGCGCCUUAGUGUCUGUUUGUGAUAGCCUACAGCUAGGCGCUUUCACUACCAAAACGCCCAGAGUUACCAAGUACACGACAAAGCCAGCGUCGUCUUCCUCAAUGAAUCAUGAUGCCACAACCUCGAUUUAUCGGCUCAAUGCCACAAAUGGCAUCACUUGUAUUCUGAUGAGUGUGGAUGGGCUCAUCAGUAUUAAAUAUCGGAACAAGUUGAAUGAGGAUGUUGAGGCUGAUCUAUAUCUACCCGAUGAGCCAAAGCUGAGUGGCGAAUGUGUAGAGUCCAAUAUGGAAAUAUUGCGAUUAGAAUUUAAAGGAUUUGUCUUGACAAUGACAUUCCGAAAGUCAUCUGGUGGCGAGGGCUGGUACAUAAAUCUAUUCGAACUCACUUAUUCUUCAUCGAAUUCGCUAUUCGAGCAUCCCGAUCGCCCGAAUUUGGAUGUGAAACUAACUUCGCCGGCACACACACCAAUGUACUUCCCAACGCCCGUCGGCAAGUCUUAUGUUUGCGAUAAGGAACAAAGCGUUGUAUUGUAUGCCCCAAUAGACUCCGGCGACAUGUCGGGGCACAUCGCCCGCCUCUACCUGCGUGAUCUACAUAUGCAAAGCUUCAUGUUUAAGGAGAGCGGCAAGUGGGGUCCACCGUUCCAUUGCAGCGCUACGGGCUCAUAUCGCGAUGAGACGGCACCACUAGCGGUGGGCACCGCCUUGGCGAUAGCGGUACUGCUAACAAUAUCCGGUUACGGUGGUUGGCGCUACUUCAAAAUCAAGAAAGUGCAAUAUGGUUCUAUGGAGUAAGGCGAAUGUGGACAAACGUUGAUGCUUGCUUGCAAUUUGGCCGAUGUUUUCAUGAAUUCGUGAAAUUGAUUCAGUUCUUUAACAUGCAGCCUUACCAAAGUUUUCGAAAUAUACAAUAUAGUAAAGAGUGCCGUUUGAGAACAAAAAAACGGUAUAUACAUAUAUCUGGUUAUUAUGCGUAAUAUUAUAUAAUUGUAAAAUAUGUAAAUUUUUUUCAAUUUGAUAUGUCUAAGGAAAUUUAUUCGUUAUUCGUGAAUUCAAAUAUCAAACGGAAAGGCAAUGUACAAUGUCAGGUAGCAAGUAAUUAGAAGGUGAACAUUAAAAUGAGAUUAAAUUAUGAGAAUUGCAAAAAGUCUUCCAUUAUUGUUAAAUAAAUACAAAACAGAAAACAAAAACAAGAAAUUAAUUAAAUAAAGUGAAAAUUACUACAUACAUAUAAUAUA